AUGGAUCAACUUAAGGAACCGGACAAAAAUCACAUUUGCUCAGUCCUCCCGACCAAGAAGUUUCCCAACAGCCUUCUGACGCAGACUCAUCGUGAGCUAGCCCGACUGUACGAGGCUCAUGGUGAGACCGUGGUCGCCUACUGGAAGGGACUUGACCGACCGGGACGAGAGGUCGUGUUGAGGAACAGCUCCAUGUGCCCCGUUCUGAGAUCCGUCCAAUCCCCUGGCGCCGGAUUUUCUCAUUUUCUCGGACCUGAGUGGAAUCAUGAAGACAUCACCAAUUCAGACAACAAUGUCUUCCUCGACGUUCUUGAACAUCGCGCCACACAAUCUCUCACCCGCCAAUUCACCAUUGGCCCAAAUGGCACACAAGGCGACUGCGUCUUCACCUGCGCAAGAUUCGCUGAACAUCUCAUCCCGUGUCUUGAACACUUUGACGGCGACGUCAUGGUAUUUGAGGACUGUGAAGAGUACCCUCGCACUGCCGACAUCGUUGCCUACUGGGAAGCCAUAGCCGGCGUCAGAACGGAUCGCCAUCUGUGGGUACCCGGUCCUGUUGGUGAGCUGAUUGUCGCGAGACAGAUGUUCUGGGUAGAGAUUCUUCAUCGAGCGCUCGUCACCAUCCUCACAGUCCUGGCCACCGAUCGCAAACACCCAAACUGCACAUGUCACGAACACGACAUAGGAGAGGUUCAUGGGAACGAGGUUCUUCCUCAGCUCACACUCACUAGUGACUCCGGCCUCCGGCCCUUCAUCAACUUCAUCAAAGCUGAGGAGGAUGAGACAAUUCUCUGGUCGCAGAAACUUCUGACAAAGCCUGAUAUUCUCCUGAUGGAGGCUACGAACUAG